ACCGUAGAAUUCUCCUAUUGUAUUUAUGUAACCAAUUUAUUUUGGCGUUCAUUUCAUCAAAUUUUGAAGACCCGAAAAUAUUAAUUACAAACUAAAAAAUAUGAAUAAAUAAUAUAAAGCCUGAUAAAAUUUGGGCACACAGUAAUAUGUGAUUGGUUCAUAGUUUUUAAAAAUAAAAUCAUCAUAUUACACAAGUGAAAAUAUGUAACACAUUUUCUCCCCUGUUUUCUUCUUUCUCUUCAGCCCGCGAUCGAAGAAAUUUCCUUGGACAAUAUUGCCGGUCAAUCAGCAGCCCGCGAUCGACGCUGCUGUAGGCACUUGGUGAAGCUUAUCAAGUUUUAAGUGAUCCUAAGAAGACUCCUUUUUACACAAUUAACACCCAGGUAAUCUCAGGCAACUGAGAGUCAGAGAUCCUGCAAUUUCAAGUUGGGUUUCUUCUUUCACCGCUGAGUCCGAUGGAGAUAGAAUCGAGUGCAAAGGAAGAAGAGAAUGUGAAAAUUGAAAGUUACAAUAGUCAAAGUAUAAAGAAGGCAAGGUUGAUGUCAACACUGACUGCUCUUCUGGAAGAUCCAAUUCUGGCUGAUGUCUCCAAUAAGCCGACUUUAUUGGAUGUAGAUACCCUCAUAAGCCUCGAAUUGGGCAGUGCCAUGCGUGUCGCCGUCCUCAAGCUUGAUGACACUUCUUUUGAUGUGGCAGUGAUGAAUUCUGCUACUGUCAAGGAUCUUAAGCUUGCGAUCAAGCAAAAAGUAAAUGAGGUGGAGCAAUCCAAUAUGGGCCACCGUCAUAUUUCAUGGAAGCAUGUAUGGGCAAAUUCUUGCCUAUCAUACCAGAACGAGAAGCUACUAGAUGACAAGGCCAAACUUCAAGAUUUCGGCAUACGGAACAAUUCAAAGGUUCAGUUUGUCCCUUACGUGGUGUCAAAGAAUACUCGGAGACAUUCAAAGAGGAAGAAGCACCGUUUCUUUCAUGGCCUUAACAAGCGUGCUAUUGGUAAAUCCUAGUGUUGAAUGUUCUGUAUUUACUGGAGUGAACUUAUGAUACCUCUUGAAAAACACAUUUUGGUGUUCUGUUUAGGAUAAACUUUUUGUUUUUGCACUAUUUUGAUGUAGGGAGGUUCUUUUGUUUAUA